CCAUGAAAUUGUGUACGACCUGUGAAAACCUCAAAUUACGCCUCUGAUUUUUACCUGAAAUAAUUUAAGUCUGGCCACACUACUUAAAAACAGCUGAGUACAAGUGAAACAGGCGAAUGAUGAAGACAAAACAAGUGAUAAUACCGCAAGCUGAUACGGUCGGCUUAUUCAGGAGAAACAUUUAAUUAAUCUAUUUGUUGUAUCUUAACCAUUUAAAAUAUGGUGUACGCAGUGAAGUGAUAAACCAUGUAAUUUUAAAAAGAAAAACAAGUGAAGAUAUAUCAGUUUACAACUACAACGUAGCAGCACAAAUUGCAAGGAACAAAAGAAAUAGAGGCAAGAGAAAUACAAGAAGCCUGCUGCAGGAAAUUUUCAAAUGAAACAGAUUCAAGAAAAGAAAGAAAUUGUUCCAAGCUGCACCAGAUCUUGCUGUUCAUCAUGUCUACGGAGGAUGAAUUUCUCGGCGCCUAUGAGCGCAUUAAGGCCUCUAACAAGCGCAUCCUCGCCUGCAUUGAUGAGUCCAUUAGCCAUGAAGAGCACAAACGACCUUUGGAGGCCAUUGCUGGUUAUGAGAAUUGCUUACAAAAAAUCGACGAAACGUUCACAAUCUCCGUAGGGCUGCCGGAUAAUAUUGACGCAGUGGCGGCAGAGUGGAGUGAUGCUUGUACAAUAGUGCAGAAAUUAAAGGGUGCCAAAGUAGAAGUGAGCUAUCGUUUGAAGGUUUUGCGUGCUCAACAUGCACCUGUCGAUAGUGCUGCCGUAGAGGCAAAGGAGGAGGAUGAAGAGAGUGGAGCGAUAGCUGAUGUUCGAACUGGAGAAAAUAAUCCAAAUGCUGGUCCAUCACCCAAAAAAAAAUCUCUUUUACUUGAAAAUCCAGUAAUCCAUGAAUGUGCCAGCGGACCAGGCACAACGGCCAGUGCAACGGCGUAUUACUGCAAAGUUUUGGCCGAUUUGCGCCGCGUAAUCGCCGAUCCUGUGGGCAUGGGUAUACUCUUUGACACACUCUUUCACUCGCACGCAAAGUUGUAUAAGAUUCAGCCUGAUGGUGUGGUGGUCACUAUGGGUGAAACCUCCAUGUCUUUGGUUAUGUGCACCACUCCCAGCGACGAACAAUGGAGGCAUUUGAAUGGUAUCUCAUUUAUACAAUGCACAAUUCAAACAGUUCAUUCUGCAGCCAACAACGACAUCGAACAAAUUCGCGUAGCGACAAAGGAGACGCCACAAAUGGUUUGGCUCUACGCCCUACUGCCGACGAUCACUACUUGUUAUCGAACCACUUACGGCGCUUUCAUUUUGCCCGACUUGGAAAUCGAUGAGCCCGGGCAUGCUUUUGGGCUAAUGCUAAUCGAAGGCGACUGUGCCGUUGACGGCGCUGAGCAAGCGGCUGUACAGCCAGAGGAACCAGAAGAACUUAGCGACUUGCAUCAAUUCUUCUUGGAUCUACUCGAGGCGGUACUCUCUGGCCGUAUUGAGCUUUUGCAACAACCAAUAGUGGGGUCGCGCGAGCCACGCGACACUAGCGAACAGGUUUCACGCCAUAUUGUUACGGCAGCCGAUUUCAUAGCGCGCAAUCUGGUGCGUGGUGCCGAAAAAACGGGUGAGUUAAUGGUGAAAAGCACGCCGUACAUCAUUUCGAAAAUGAAGCCAGCACCAGCAGAUGCGCCGCCAGUCUCGUCGACCGUGCAAACAUCGGUGACGGUGGCGCGUGAUGUGACGCAUGCGGCAGCGGGCGUCACUGGUUGGAUAGCCGGCAAAGUGGGCUCCGCCUCAAUAGCUAUCGGCCGCUACUUAGCGCCGCAUGUGCAGAACGCUGGUUCGACAUUGCUACAAAAGGGUUUUGGCUAUAACACUAACGAGGCGAAUAGCAAAAUGGAGGGUGCCUUGACGAUUGCUGCCGGUGCGGUGGAGGGCUUCAGUACUGUCUACAAUGGACUUGAGACAUCGGCAAAGAUAUUGGGUACGAAUUUGAGUGAGAAUUCGGUGAAGAUCAUUGAGCAUAAAUAUGGCUCUUCAGCAGGUGGAGUUGCAGCCGGUACCUUUGACACACUCGGCAACGCAUUCAAUGUCAGUCAAAAUGUUAACUACAUUACGCCAAAAGGUUUGGCAAAAAAAAUGGCCAAGAAUACGGGUAAAGCAGUCAUCGUUGAUUACAAAAAUAAAUUACGCAACGCUGAGACAAAUUUCGUGCCAGCGGGUGCGCUCUAUCCGGAUUUGCGUACCCUGAAGGAGAAGUAACCUUUGCAUUGGGUCGGGAUUUAACGACAAGUUUACAAAUUUGCCUAGGUUUUCUCUAUUGCUAUUGUAUUGUAAGGCCGAAUUUCAUAUUCUCUCAACUAAUUGAUAUUUUAGUAAGUAAUUCGCGAAACAUUCGAAUAUUUGUUAAUUAAUUUCAAAUGUGUUAGUUUAAGUUUAAAGGUUUUACUUUUCAUUGAUAUCGCGCAUAUACUCUCUUAUAUUUUUAUGCAUAUUUUCCCAAUCGCAAAACAUUCGAAUAUUAUUGACAAAUUUAAUAUGUAUGUGCAUAUGCAUGUAUGGAUAUUAAUUUUCUUAGAAAAAUAUUUUAAAUAAGCAAUUCAGUUGUUGUUGUAGCCGCGUGAGACAUUUCCUAGCAAAAGUUAUUCUAUAUUUUGGGAAAUGAUGUUAAAGUGGCGAAAAUAUAUGAUAAAUUUUGCAAGUGGUUAUUGCACUAAGUUGUUCAAGCACACAAUGAACGAGUUUCGUAACAUUGCCAAAAAGAAAAGCUUUUAUUAUUUUACAUUCUGUAAUACUCCUGUAAUUGAUAGUACUUUAAAUAUAUAUACAAGCCUGAAAAAAAAUUAUUUUGGACUGAAACAUAAGCAAUUUUUUUUCGAAGAUCUUCGCCGAGAAUAAAAAUCCUUGUCACGGGUGAGUAAAGGGUUUUUCUCAACUAGCCGCUAACUUUACAGACCACUUUAUAGUAUAGUGACGGUAAACAUAUUUUCGUUAUCUCAAGCGCUUAUGUGAGGUACGUAAUAAAAGCAGUAGUAUUGCAACCCUUAUAAACGUUACAAAUGUUAAGGGGUUACAUGGGUUUCGUUGGUUAAAAAAAUCGAUUAAUUUUUUUUCUGGCUUAUUAAUUUCUAAAAUAUCUCAGGAAUAUUAUCCUAAAUUUUCAAGUCGAUCCGAAUAAUAAAUACAGCCUUUGGAAUGUGUGCGCUCCAAGCCACUUUUAUUGUUACUCAAAA